AGCACAUACCACAAAUCCAGUGCAGUGAUUUCACUUACAGCACAAAUAUUUUACCAGCACAUCGGCUCUAAAAACAAACAAGCAGAAAAGAGCUAAAUUAGCAAGUGAUUUGCUGCAUACAGGCAGCAAAAAUAUAUCUUUCUCAGCAUCAAUAUCACAGUUACUCAGCAUCGAAGUCAUGGUUCAUGGGAAGAAGUUGGCCAAGGAGAUGCUGCUGCCUUCUGUGCUGGAAGACGAUGACGCAGAAAGCGAGAAGCUGCAGCUGGGGGAGCAGAGAUCCAGCCAGACAGAGGUUGAUGUGCGUGGGCCAAAAGACCAACGCUGCAGCCCUGACGGGAACGUGCUAGACGGAGGCAGAGGGGAGGAAGAGGAGGAUGAUGAAGAGGAGAAGUGUGUGGUCUCUGAUGAGGACUAUGACACAGAUUUGGAGCUCGGAGGUAAGGAGGAGGCAUAUGAUCCGACGGGGAGGACGAGCUACAUGAAGUCCUGUGAAAUGUUACAGGUGGCGCCUGCCUCGUAUUUCCUGCGGCACAUGCAAGAUAGUGAGCUGAAAAUGAUGCAUCAUGGUCUGGGGCCGCAGGGCACCAAAGCACUGGCGGUUCCCCUGGUAACCAACACUUCAAUACUGCGCCUGAACCUGCGAGAUAAUUGGAUGGAAGGAAUGGGCGGAGCUGCUAUAGCCGAGAUGUUAAAGGAAAAUUGUUACAUUACAGAGGUGAACCUGUCGGACAACCAUCUUGGGGAUUACGGGGCCAGAGCCAUAUCUGCCAUGCUUAAGGAGAACAGCACCCUGGUGAGCCUCAAUCUGUCAGGAAACCACUUCACAGACCACUCGGCUGAACACCUUGGACCGGCGUUGAUCACAAACACCAGGCUUCGGCACCUCGACCUCAGCUACAACUCCCUGGGUGACCGUGCAGGGGAACACCUGGGAGACUCUCUGUCUGAGAACACAGGGUUGAGAUCAGUAAGUCUGGCCUGGAAUUCCAUCCGAGGGAGAGGAGCGACGAUGUUAGCCAGUGGCCUUGGGGGAAAUGUUUUCCUGAGAACAGUGGAUCUGUCAUUUAAUGGCUUUGGGAAAGAAGGAGCCGUCGCUUUAGGACAGGCUCUAAAAGAGAACAACGUUUUGGAGGAGCUGAAUUUGAGUAACAACCGAAUCCCCCCUGAAGGAGCCAUCCACCUCGCCAUGGGCCUCAAAGUAAACAAGGCAAUCAAAUCCCUGAAUAUUGGGAAGAACCCCAUCCAGAAUGCUGGAUGCUACGGGAUCCUUCAGUCUGUACAGGAAAACCCAGAUUCAGCCAUGGAGGCUUUAGACUUUACAGACAUCACAGUGAACCAGGAUUUCGAGGACUUGUAUACGGCAGUGAAAGAAAUAUUGCCUGAGCUUAGAGUAAAUCAUGGGGGCCGAAUUGGCACAUUCAGGAAAGCGAAAGCUUGAAAAGUGUUACUGUAAUUGCUGUACUUUUAUGCCAGCAAAGAUGGAAGAAAUCCUCUCAAAGCCCUAUGGAUGUUUUCAGCGACAGAUGAACCAAAGCAUGGAUGCCUGAAAAAAUGCAAUUUCUUAUUUUAAAAAAAGAGAUCUUUUUUAAAGAGCCGUGAGAGCAUAUCCUCCUGAAUAAAAUGUGCUUAGAAUAAAUAAAACUUGUUAAAUACCCAAUCAGUGGAAAAUAAAGGCAAUUCAGAGGUAGACUGCUCAUUUUCCCAAAGAUAAAGCAUGUGUGAAGUGCUUGAAAUAUAGUGUUGAUAAAGUCACUCAAAAUGGGCAUACAAUGCAGGUAUUGAGUAUGAUUCUUUUUAGAUAUGAUCUGAUUUGAUGUUAUAUAAUACCAGUGGGUAGAAUGAUGGAGAGGAUCAGAGAGCGCUGCAUUGUGUAUGAAAAGAAGUGAAAGUGGGUUGCACAAAAAGGAUUUAAGUACUGCAUGACUAGUCUAAUAGAAAAAGCAGCUUUGAAAGAACGGUCCACUAUUAGAUAAGAGACCUGUUUACUGCUGCAGGACAGCUCAAACUGUGUUAGAUGCAGCAAGCUGUCAUUUGGAUGUAAUGUUAGUUUACCUCUUACAUACACCCGAAAAUGACCUCCAACCUGGUCAAUUUAGUCCAAAUGACUUAUACAAAAAAACUUUAGAUAUGUAACUUUUACAAAUAUUACAUUUUUGGACUUAGUUCGGCCUAUUAGUAAUCUUGAAAUGCAGAGGUAGAAAGUACCUAACCAUUUACUUUAGUCAUGGUUUAAGUAGUUAAUAAUAUUGAGGUUGUUGGUACUGGAAAAGAAAAAUAGAUAGAUAGAUGGAUAGAUAGAUAGAUAGAUAGAUAGAUAGAUAGAUAGAUAGAUAGAUAGAUAGAUAGAUAGAUAGAUAGAUAGAUAGAUAGGUUUGCAGUAAAUACAUUCAUUCAUUCAUUCAUUCAUUCAUUCAUUCAUUUAUUUUUAAAAUGGGACAAUUCGUAUUAAUGUAUAUUUCCAUGUAAAUACGAGAGAUUGUAGCCAUACGGCUAAUUUCCAUCUCAAGUCCCCAAAAUUUCGUUAAAUAUUGGCUGGGUUUUAAUCUGAUUCUCAUCUGUCAUUAAAUGAAUGUAAAAACAG